GAACGCAAUCGAAACACCGUAUAGAUAAGAAUAAUCUAGAACUCUUCGUUGUAGUCGUCAAAACAACCGAUCAGAAAUGUAUUAAUGCAUUACAACAGACUGCGACGCUAGAUAAAAGCGAAAUCGGAUAUUUAUUGGUACUUGGCGAUGGAGUAAAGCGAGUUAGACCGAUAAAGUGAAGAAGCUUGUGCAUUGCGAACUGUGCUAUAAUAUGGCGAUUACUUCUGUUUGUUUCUAGCUGUCGUCUGCACUAAGUGAAGCGAACUGCGCGUACACACACGUAGACCUGACGAUUUUGUGUCUGUUACGCUACUUUGCGCCAUGCUUUGCAGUCAGUGGGUUACGAUCGCUGAAUAAAAACGUCAUUCGACAGUAAACAACAUGUUGGCCCUGGGUAGACCGCUGUGUCAGGAGGGCCGCCGCCAGAUCUUCAUAGUUUAUAGGACAAUGUCGGUUGUACCACAGACUUUACCUCCGGCUCGCAUGCCGGCGCCUUAUGAAUCGAAAACGCGGCUUGAAAACAAUCUUCGCCCACUCUAUCUUGAUGCCCAGGCUACAACACCGCUCGACCCGCGAGUUCUCGAUGAGAUGCUUCCUUUUCAGAUCGGCUCGUACGGUAACCCGCACUCGCGUAGCCAUCAGUAUGGUUGGGAAAGCGAAGCAGCAGUGGAACGUGCCCGCGCAGAAGUGGCCAGUCUUGUAAAGGCUGAUCCCAAAGAAAUCAUAUUUACUUCAGGAGCUACUGAGAGUAAUAACAUUGCAAUUAAAGGUGUAGCACGUUUUUAUGGCGAAAAGAAGCGACACAUUGUUACGACACAGACCGAACACAAAUGUGUAUUGGAUUCUUGUCGUGCUCUUGAGGCUGAGGGCUUUCGCGUGACUUAUCUGCCCGUUCAGAACAAUGGACUCCUAGAUAUGGCAACGGUGGAUGCAGCUCUCACACCCGAUACUGCUAUAGUGUCCGUGAUGACCGUGAACAACGAGAUCGGGGUCCGGCAACCUGUUGAGGAAAUUGGCAAACUGUGCCGUUCUAAGAAGGUGUUCUUUCAUACGGAUGCUGCCCAAGCCGUUGGCAAGAUCCCUAUAGAUGUAAACGCAAUGAGUAUUGAUCUAUUGUCAAUCAGCGGUCACAAGAUUUAUGGCCCGAAAGGUGUGGGCGCCCUGUACGUGCGACGUCGGCCUAGAGUUCGUGUGGAACCGAUUCAAAGCGGAGGAGGUCAGGAACGUGGUCUUCGAAGCGGUACAGUACCAACUUUUUUGGUCGUGGGUCUCGGUGCGGCCAGUCGCCUUGCUCAACAAGAGAUGCAAUACGACUAUAACCACAUUUGUCGAUUAUCGUCCCUUCUACUUGAGUUGAUUACAUCGGAAUUAACGCACGUGGUGAGAAAUGGUGAUCCAGAGAAGACUUAUCCCGGAUGUGUUAACCUAUCUUUUUCUUGUGUCGAAGGCGAAUCUCUCCUUAUGGCCAUGAAGGAUGUUGCACUCAGUUCCGGUAGUGCCUGUACAAGUGCCAGUCUUGAGCCAAGUUACGUCCUUAGAGCUAUUGGAGCUGAAGAAGACCUGGCGCAUUCAUCGAUUCGAUUUGGAAUUGGACGUUUCACAACAGAACAGGAGGUGCGUUACACGGCAGAGAAAAUUAUCAGUGUUGUAAAACGACUGCGGGAUAUGUCCCCUCUUUGGGAUAUGGUUCAGGAAGGAAUCGAUCUCAAAACGAUUCAAUGGACUCAGCAUUAGCGGACAACAGCUAAGAUGACUCCAAUAACGUACAAUCGACGGUACCCUGGCGCCGUUGAAGAAAAGCUUUAGAUGCUGACGGGAGCUGCGCGCGUGUAUAUGAAUAAGAAUUGUAACGGCGGUCGCCGGCAAAAAUCUAAAAUGAUAGCUGGCUAGUUUUAUGUUUUUGUGGGAUUAGCGCACAUAUAUACGAUAACCAACCAGGAAGCUAGAAUUUUAUCUCCUCUGAUUCUGUCACCCGUUGUAUUUUUGCUGCAGGACAGAUUAUUUACGUACACUCAGGAGGAGAUGACUAAAUACGGGUGUAUCAAUUUGUUGGGUAUAGACGGGACUCUAGAUGACAACAGUCUGAAUAAAGUGAAAUCAGGAUUGUUCGUUAUGUAGUAAGUAAACCGAGCCAUAAACUGUGUGAUAGCAAAAUAAAGUGAAAUCAGGAU